CAGCGAACUGUAAAACCUUUGCAUCAGGGUCUCUUUAAGAUGCGCCAGAAGCACUUCAGCGAACUAUAAAAACUUUAUAUGAGAAUCUCUCUAAGAUACGCUAGAAGCACUUCAGCGGACCGUAGAAAACCUACAUCCGGAUCUCCUCGACAUGCCCUCAAACGAUGUCCACAUAUCCGCGCGUUGGAUGCCCAGCUCAUCACGACUCGCCAUGCCGUCCUCGGCAAUGCGAACCUAGGAUCUUCACUUCCAUAUGAGAGUCUCGCGCUCUUUCUGCAGCGCGCCCACAAGCGCGUGCGUGUUGAGUGGGACGCCCAUAAGGUUCAGCAAGUGGUCGAAGAUAUCAUCGACGACAUUGCUCAGGACCAGGACGUGCGUAUCACUCUCACCAUUCGGACAGCGCCCAACUUGCCAGAGGGAAGUAAUGAGGAUGUGACUGCUCUGUUUUCUCUGUUGGCAGGGGUACGUAAGGCUUUGUGUGGGAUCGAGCAGUUCAUGCAAGGCCGUGCCGGGCAGCUCCGUGAGCAACACGGGGGAGUGCAAAAGCAUGACUCGAUGGAGGAUCUGACGGCAAAAGUUGGGAACUGCGUCGACAGGAGCGCUCUCAAGGUUCUAGUGGAGCAGGUAUUUGCCAUGCAUGCAGAGCAAUUGGCAACCACUAACGGAGAGGGUGCAAUGCUUAUCAGAAAAAUAGUCAAGCUGAUCGAUAUGGCACUCGUCCAGCAGAAGUAA